AGAGAGAGAGGAGUUUGGGAAGAGAACAGAGGGAAAGAAAAUUGAUUUCAUCCUCCGAUAUCUGUUCUCUGUCUUCAACUCUUUUCGUCAAAAACAAUAAUCUAAUUACGAUGACAUUUGCUGGAACAACACAAAAGUGUAAUGCUUGUGAUAAAACGGUAUAUCUAGUGGAUCGUCUUGCUGCUGAUAAUCGCAUUUAUCACAAAGCCUGUUUCAGGUGCUACCAUUGUAAAAGUACUCUCAAGCUCAGCAAUUUCAAUUCCUUUGAAGGAGUAAUAUACUGCAGGCCUCAUUUUGAUCAGCUUUUUAAGAGAACUGGCAGUUUGGACAAGAGUUUUGAAGGAACUCCAAAGAUCACAAAGCCAGAAAAAUCUGUGGAUAACGAGAAUGGUACUGGCGCCAAAGUCUCAAGUUUAUUCGCAGGCACCAGAGAAAAAUGUGUGUGCUGCACUAAAACUGUAUAUCCCAUUGAGAAGGUUACUGUGAAUGGAGCAGCAUACCACAAGACUUGCUUCAAAUGCACUCAUGGAGGUUGUACUAUAAGUCCAUCAAACUACAUUGCACAUGAAGGAACACUUUAUUGCAAGCAUCAUCACAUUCAACUCUUCAAAGAGAAAGGCAAUUACAGUCAACUUGAGAUUGAUCAUGAAAUAGAACCUGCACUUCCGCCCCAUAUUGCCAUGGAAUCGUAAACUCAUUUAUGUUCAUCGCCUCGAUCUCUUUCACUUCUCCCCAUCCUUUGCUAUGUCAACCUUAGCUUCAUCUCCAUUAUCUUUAAUUUUGUUCAUUCUUAUGGAGUAUAUUUCAGUUAUCUCUAUCCACUUUGGUUGUAUAUUCUUAUGGAUUUUUGUAAA